AUGAUUCAACGCAAAUUGUGCAUAUUUUUCGCAUUUUCCAAACGCAAAAAGAAAUUACGUGAUUAUUCUCAAUUUGCACUCAAAGAAAUGAGCCACACAUUGCGGCUUAAUUCCACACCUGCCCCUCUUCGCACCCACACAAAUAAAUAUAUGCACAAACAACAACACGAUGAUGAUGAUGAUGAUGAUGAUGAUGAUGGCCAUUUGGACUUGUUGUGUGUGGCCCUGUUGACUCCUAAAACUGUUCCGGGACAAAAGCCUGACCUUGAAAUCCAAUUCGUCCGACAAGUCUAA